CGCAGGCGUAGCGCGUCACCGGCGGCCUGGAAGCAGGAGGUGUAAGAGGCGGUCGUGUGUAAGAAGAGCCAUCGGAUCGAGGAGUCGGGACCUGUUUGGGGGGCAUGAGCGGAGGGGACGACGCCGAGUCCACAAGCACUUCAUAGAGAUUGAUGGAAGCAGAAACAAAAACUCUUCCCCUGGAGAACGCAUCCAUCCUUUCAGAAGGUUCCUUACAGGAAGGACACCGGUUAUGGAUUGGAAACCUGGACCCCAAAAUCACAGAAUACCACCUCCUCAAGCUCCUCCAGAAGUUUGGCACAGUGAAACAGUUUGACUUCCUCUUCCACAAGUCAGGUGCUUUAGAAGGACAGCCUCGUGGGUACUGUUUCGUUAACUUUGAAACUAAACAGGAAGCAGAGCAAGCCAUCCAGUGUCUCAAUGGCAAGCUGGCCCUGUCUAAGAAGCUGGUAGUGCGGUGGGCACAUGCUCAGGUAAAGAGAUAUGAUCAUAACAAGAAUGACAAGAUUCUUCCUAUCAGUCUUGAGCCAUCCUCAAGUACUGAGCCUGCUCAGUCUAACUUAAGUGUCACUGCAAAGAUAAAAGCUAUUGAAGCAAAGCUAAAGAUGAUGGCAGAAAAUCCUGAUGCAGAGUAUCCAGCAGCACCUGUUUAUUCCUAUUUUAAACCACCAGAUAAAAAAAGGACUACUCCUUAUUCUAGAACAGCUUGGAAAUCUCGAAGGUGAUGGUCAUGAAUGCCUGUAGCAGCAAAGUCAAAUUGAUUUUCACAACUAAAAUCCUCUGCCUUUUUACUUUGUAGAUGUGAAUGGUACUAUCCAACAGAGCACAAUCACAUGUUAGAGUUUGGUGAUGUAACAUUUUUGGAUGUUUUUAUGGAUGUUUCUGCCCUGAAGUGUGUGUGGAACGGAGCAUCAUCCAGAAUAAAUAGAAUUGUAUCCAAAAUUGUGAUUUGAACACUGAGAUGCUCUAGUUGGCUGGUUUGUUUGAAUUUGUAACUCCAGAAACAUAUCAUGUGCCAGGAAAAAAAAAAGAAAAACAGCAAACAUAAAUGUUAUUAUUUAUAUCAAGAUACUAAAUUUAUUGUUCAUCUUUAAAGAAAAAGCACUUCUCUGUGUUUAAGUGUCUUCACAACAUAAAAAAAAAGAGAGACAGGGAGGUGAAAUAUUUUGAAUCAUGUUCAUAACUGUUUUUCCAGAAUUCACUAUGGCAGUCCCUCCCGAUGAACUAAGAGAAAAUUCUUGGCAAAAAGGAACCAGUUCUUUGAGCAAAGGUUGUGAUGAUCUAUUUAAGAAUUAUGUUUGUUGAUUCAGAAUCUCAAUUAGGAAAAAUUUGGUGUAUAUCUCAAGAUUGCAUCAGCAAAACUAUAGAAUCAAAUUUAGCAUUUUAUAACACAAUGGAAGUUCUAUUUGAAACUUAACUUUUAUUCCUAAUUGUCAUUUUCUAAAUCUAAUUAAUCCUGCCUUCUAUAAUACCAAAUGUUGUUAUAAUGUGGGGAUUUUUUUUAAUCGUGCCUCAUUGCAUGAGAUUGUUUUUAAAGCAUGAAAAUGUUCUACUUGGAAAUGUGUCAUGGUCAAUCUAAAUAGAAAAGCAGCUUUUUUUUUUUGAAAGCCUAGACAUUACAUAUUGAUUGCUGUCAUAUAUUAUUUUUAAUAUUUGUGUAGGGAGGGGUUUGAGUAGAAGUUGAAUUGUCUUGUGCAAGGUGAAGAGGGAACGUACAAUGGACGCAGGGAGUCACUUAGUUUUGGCACCAAAAUAGUAAUGAUCUUACAGUUUAUAAAUUUUUUAUAAGACUUGAAAGACUGCAUGACUUUAAAAUGAUUCUUGUAUUCACAGUUUUGGUCAUUAGGUGCCACAUUAACAGACUGUAUCAUUGGGCAACACCAUUAUUUCUUUACCAACUAAAUCUUUUCUUUGUCAUCACUGGAGCUUCACCGCUCCAAACCAGCUUUUUCAGUUAGAAGAGAGAGAGAUACUAUAUAGACCAUAGCUUCUCCCAACACCAUUAUACUUUCAUGUGGUGUGUACCAGGGGCUCAAAUAUAGAUUGUGUACAAGACAAAGUAGUCACCCUCCAAAUUGAGCUGACUUGCCAUGACUACAAAUUGUUAAAUACUAUUAUUCCUAAAGAGAGGGAAUUUUCACUAGAGGAAAAUGUCUUUCUGUGAACAUAAAUGAGUUUAAGACACUGGAACUAAAACUGCAUGAGAUUUCAGAAUUCACAGAACUGGUUCAGAAGAAUUCUAAUCAUUGUUCCUGAGGCAAAUCUUUUUAGAUAUCUUUAGAUACUAAAUACUAUCUGCAUUUACUAGCAAUGUCUAUGAUAAAUGUAACUCCUUCCAUUUGGGGGAUAGUUUAGGAAGAUGGGAGCAUUCUCUCAUUUUCCUGAUGACUUCUUAGAGCAUAGAAUUCACCAUUUUAUCCUUACAUGCUCAGAGGAUUAUGGUGGAGUAGGACUUAUUUAAUGCAAUAUAGUCUUCUAUUUUAAUAGGAACUUAGAAAAUACUUAACUUUGAAUUAUAGAGUUGUUUUCUUUAGAAACCAGAGCUAUUUAUUUGUAUUUAAAGCAAUGUUUAUUAUUUGUAUCAAUUCUUAUUCCUCCGUGUGAAUAAAUGCAAGACAGUG